AAUGUUCAAUUUGGUUGAAGAGUUUCUAGAGAAAUUUUAAGGGAAAAAAGCCAAUCAUAAUUUAUAUACUAGUUUCAUCUCAGAUAAAAUGGAACGAUCUGGAAUAUCUAUGGCAGACACCAGUAUUAUCGAUGUUAACUGUAGAAUAUCCAUAAUAAAGGAUUAAAUCGCUUCUAAUUUAUCUGAUAAAAAAUACAGUCAAUUGGUUCUGAUGGAGACUGUGGAUGCUUUGUAGGAAGCAUUGAAUUCUCAGAAAAUAGAAAAAAUCAGAUCGAUAAUCAAACGAAUAGAACACUAUAUGGCUCAAUGUCAGCAUGAUGCUAGUGAUUUGUAUCAGAUGUUACAAAAAGCAGUGGAAUCAUGCAAAGAGAAGGAGACCGAAUUACAGAAUCAAUCCAUAGUUGAAGAUAAGGACACUAAAAGGAGAUUUUUUGAUUUAGCCUUAGAAAUAAAGAGUGAAUUACCAACCAAUCAUCCUGGUAGAAAGGUGUUGGUUUCACUUCUCUUUGAAAAGGCGUAGAAUAUAGAGGAAUCUGAAUGGCAUGAUUGGAUUCUUGAUUAAUUAAGUUAACAAAAGUGA